AUGCCAAUUGUAUUGCAGUACAGUAAAGAGCAAAUCAACUGUGCAUGGUUGGAAAUGGAUCAGAACGAAGGGAACAAAAAACUGAGCUUUCCGUUUGGAUCGGAAGGUGACAGAAUCAAAAAUGGUAAACAGUUUAAUUCCAGAUUAGAAAUGGAAAGUGAUGAAGACGAAGACGAUUACAAAUUGCUCUAUCGUGAAGAUCGUUUUGAAGGCGAUAUCAUUCUUAGCAGCGAUAUAUUUGUCUACGUUCCUUUUACUCGCUGCAAUGAAAGCGGUUGCGAUAAAGGGAAUAUUGAUAACAUUCAUGAAAAUGCUGGCUUUCCGAUACAGCGUAAUGCAGUACGACAAAAAAUGUUGAUUUGGCCGCAUAGACGAGUGCCAUAUUUGAUAUCAAAAAACUAUCAAGACAAUGACAAACUUGUGAUUUUGGAAGCAUUUAACGAAUUUCACGUGCGAACUUGUAUAAAAUUUGUCCCGAAAACACUUUUGGAUUAUGACUAUAUUUACAUUAUACCUGGCGAUGGAUGCUUCUCGAUGAUUGGCAAAAAUGGUUGGUGUCAGGAAACUUUUUGUAGUCUUAAAUUCGAUUUAAAGUCAGGUGGAAAACAAAUGGUUAGUUUGGGCGAUGGAUGUCUCAAGAAAGGAAUAAUAAUUCAUGAACUAAUGCACGUUCUUGGUUUCUUGCAUGAACAAAGUCGUUCUGAUCGAGAUUCUUACGUGAAAAUUCAUUGGGAAAAUGUAAAUCCAAUAGUUCAUGAUCAAUUCUACAGAUAUUCCGAGAAAGUAAUUGAUGAUUUAGGAGCAGAUUAUGAUUACGAUUCUAUCAUGCAUUAUUCAUCAAAAGCUUUUAGUAAAAAUGGACGACCGACCAUAACACCUAGAUUUCAUCAAGAUGUAAAAAUUGGUCAGCGACAGGAUGCAAUUGCUGCUUCAACACUGAUCAACAGUCGUAAUGAUACUUUACCAACAAUUGACAUAAAAAAAGGAAUAUUCACGAAGGUUGAAGAAAACUGUACUGAGCCUCUUGAAAUAAGCAGUAAUCACAUUACAAUAAUAACAAAUUUCACUACAGUAAUCCCAAGCACAGAUUAUUACGAUACUUUGAGCAACGAAAUUAUUGAUGAAACUUCACAAAUAAAUAAAAAUUUAUUGCCUUCAUCAAUUCUUUCCUCGCUUAAUCUAAGCAAUUUACUGAAUUUACUAGAUGGAUCAGUGGGUAGUAUUCUUAAAGUAACUAAAAGCGGUCAAGCAAACAUUGCAAAUACACAAGCAGCUAAACUAGCGACAAACUGUAGCAAUCGUUAUCCAUUUUGCGAACUACUCAAAUUGCAAGGUUUUUGCCUUCGAAAUUCACGCUUAGUACCUUAUCAUUGUGCUCGUACGUGUAAAAAUUGCACGGAAGUAUUGUUAGAGUGGGUUGAAAAUGAAAAUGGCGAUAACUCUGCUGAUGAAGAAAAAUUAGUUGAUUACAUAAAUACGAGUAGAUUUCUAUUUGAUGAUCAGUAA